AUGGCAAGUGAAGAAGGAAAGAUAGGAAUCGAAAAAUUCAACGGCACAGAUUUUGGGUUAUCACUGUCAAAAUCAGUUGCACACAACGUUGUAAAGAAGAAGACCAUAGCAGGUCUAAUGGCGGCUUUAUCAAGAAAGAGUAAACUGAGCUAUGAAGGCAUCAGGGAUUUGAUUUUCAAUGAAGAGGUUCGAAGAAGAGAUGCGGGUGAAGCCUCUUGUUCUGGUGUUGCUUUAAAGCUCGAGACUCGGGGCAAAGGACAAGACAGAAACUCUGGUCAAGGAAAACAGAAGAAGGCGAGUUUCACGGAAGUUGGCAAAGCACCUAAGCUUGUAAAGUUGGAGCUGAUACACACGGAUUUGUGGGGUCCCGCACUAGUGGCAUCUCUUCGAGGCUCGCGAUAUUACAUUACAUUUAUUGAUGACUCGAGUAGGAAGUGGAUUCUGCAUGACUGGGGAGACAAGGAGUGCAUCCAAAUCCUUAAGAAAUGCAGAGAAGCAAUUCUAGAGGAAAAGGGAAAGGCAAUAAUUGUUGAGGCUGUGAUUGAAGAAGAAGGGAAAAUGGACGAGCUAAGUGAUGCGAGGUUGGCGUUGGACAUGGCGAUGAUGGCUCAUACAAAUGCGGGCAAAGAAAGGACAUUGAAGGAGUGGAAAUUUCUUCUUGAAAAGGUUGGAUUUACAAGAUAUACCGUGAAAUCCAUUCAUGCUGUGCAAUCUGUUAUUAAGGCCUUUCCCUAG